AUGCCUUCACCAACUGACUCGAAUCCUAUAUCAACAGCUGUAAACAACACCGUCAUAACCUCCGCGCAGAAAGAUUCCUCUGAAUUGUCCAAGGAAUCUCGUUCUCAACAGGUUCCCAUCGACGAUAAAGAUGUCACCGUAGACAAUGCAAAUGGUGUCAUUCACGAUGAUUCGGACAUGGUCGCAAACACAAUAAUUUCUAGAUCUUCGCCACCAUUCAUUCAUGACAGUGGCUUAAACGUCGUCACCGCCGCAUCGUCGAACUCUUCAAGUGUUGUUAAUACCAACAUUCUCAACUCCGCGCAGAGUAACGAUUCUCCGGUCGCACAAAAAUCGACCCAAAAAGUAUCCAAACAGCACACGACACAAAGACCCCCCCGAAGAACAAGGAAUUCGGCAAAAGUGGUUAAUACAAGUGUUCAAAAUGAAAAAGACGCCGCGACCACUCCUGGUUCUCUCUCCACAAAUGUUAUCCCAAUUGCCUCUGCAACUGGUAGAUCAUUGCAGUCAAUAAUACCCGCCAGCUCCUCGCCUUCCACCACCGCUUCCAUUAAUGCGGCCAGUGUCGUCAAGCGCAAUCUACCGCAGAAAGACGUCACCCCGGAAAACAUUGGCGAUCGUUAUCUGGAGUUCAUUCUGUAUUGUAAUCCUUCGGCUCCCUCGGAUUUGGAUGUGUCUUCAUUGAUUCGUUCAUUCAACGCCGUGCCAAAAUCGGAUGGCAAGACUUUUGAGACUUGGGUCUUGUUUCAACUUGUCUCCAAACAUCAUUCGGGUGAGAUCAAGACCUGGACCAAAUUGGCUCAACAAUUGGGUGUCGAGCGUACCAAUGAAUCGAGUCCUCAGAAAAUUCAGCAGUAUGCCGUGAGGCUAAAGAAAUGGAUGCGUUCCAUUCACAUUGAUGCAUUCUUCGACUAUAUCUUAUCAAAACCCAAUGAGUACUACGAAGAACCGCACAAGAAUCCCACUGGCGCCGAACUUUCAAGUGGUGGUGCUGAUGAUUUGGACGAAAGCGACUUGGUGCUAAAGUUGAUCAAACGGGCCAGCAGUAAACGGCAAAAAAGAAAAAGUGAAGAUGAUCUCGAUGAGGACGAGGAUCGGGACGCUUGGGAAGAUGAUGCCGAUGACAUGAUGCACAUCGACAAUCCAAUCGCGUCUUCAUCAAAGAGCACGGAUGGAAGAAAAGCUGCUGGAUCGUUACGUAGAAAAAGUGUUGUUCAGUUCGCCUCCACGCGAGAAAACAUACCAAAACUCGGUAAACCGAAAAAUAUACUCACUCAUAACAUUCCUACACCCAAUCCUUCGCCUACCACCAUGCCUGACAUAAAACUCAAUCACAAUUCUUCAGGUGUCACCGGCGACGCCGGAAACUUUCGUAUGGUUUCUAGCCCUGGCGCGACUGGUAGUCCUGGCACGCAACUGCGAUGGAGAAGUAUCUCUGUAGGCGGAGGUCCCACAUCAGCACAAGCAAGUGACAUGUCAACCCCUCAGUCAUUCUUGCGGAAACAAAGUGGUGACGCAUCUGCUUCUGGGCAUUUUGAUAGUGCUCUUGGCGGCGGACCUGGAUCAGAGGUGUCAAAGGACAAUAGUAAUGAUGGUUUCUCAUAUGCGGAAUUGCUCAUUCCACCUAACAAUGUGUCCGAUCCUAACGUCACAAUUAACAUGCUUCAACAACGACUGGUAAAGGCUGUAGGAAUGUUGGAGGAUAAACAACGUAAAAUUGAUCUGUUAGAAAAUGUUGUGAGGCAACGAGAAGAAGAAGUUCGGAAGCGAGCGGCUCGUGGACUGAAGGAAGAAGUGAUUAACUUUCUUCAGCGAUGGGAAUGA